AUGUGGGAUUGCAAUGGUUCAGAAAUUCGAACUGAAGUGAACCUUAAACUUGACAAGUGUGAGACUGAAUCUCUUGUAGAUGCUACUGAGUAUAGACAAAUGGUGGGGAGCCUCAGGUUUAUUUGUCAUACUAGGCCUGAGAUUUCUUUCAGUGUGGGCAUGGUGAGUAUGUUCAUGAGUGAAUCAAGGCACUCACAUCAAACUGCUGCUAAAAGGAUUCUGAGGUACUUGAAAGCUACACUGUCCCAUGGCAUCAUGUUUCCAGUUCAAGAUGAGAAGGAAGGGCUACACCUUGUAGCCUAUUCAGACUCUGAUUGGUGUGGAGACCUGGUGGAUCGCAAGAGUGCCAUGGGAUACAUCUUCACUUUUGCAGGUGCCCCUAUUUCCUGGUGUUCAAAGAAGCAGUCAGUAGUUGCUCUAUUAGCCUGUGAAGCUGAGUAUAUCUCUGCAUGUUCCGCUGCUUGUCAAGCUCUUUGGCUUCAUACCUUGCUUCAAGAAUUGAAGAUUGAUAUUGGAAGCACAGUGGAGCUCCAAGUAGAUAACAAAUCAGCCAUUGACUUCUAA